UUCUGUCCAGCAGGGCAUCGAAGGAGGAGGUGUUCCUGGUAGCCAUCUUGGAUGUGCGGGCUGAUUGUUUGCGGGAAGAAUUGACAGUUUUGAGAGAAAUAGUCUUUUCACUGCACCGUCGAAGAUUAACCAGAGUGGGAAGACCGAGGGGGAAAUAGUACCCAGGACACGUACAGUGAAAGAAGGUAUGAAGACAUCAUCUUAGUCAUCAUCUUAGUCAUCAGUGGCUGGCAUGGCUGAUAAAAGGAAACUACAAGUCUGAUGUGGGCCAAAAGUUUUCUUCAAGAACAAACAGCAUUUCAUCCCAGAUUUUCUCUGGAUGUGUAACGUCUCCGCUGUGGAAGGUGUCCAUGCUCCAUGCGGUCUGUCAAUACCCACCGGCGGCGUCUUCAAUGCAACAGCAAGCAGCAAGAAUGCCUCUGGCGAGCUAUGCACAUGCACGUUCAACUCCCGCUAACCACUCACCUGCUUCUCCCACCCCAGUGUCAGGUGAAAUAGAUCGAUGUCUGAAGAAAGUAGCGGAAGGAGUGGAGCAAUUUGAAGACAUUUGGCAGAAGCUUCACAAUGCAGCCAACGCCAACCAGAAGGAAAAGUAUGAAGCCGACCUCAAGAAGGAGAUUAAAAAGCUGCAGCGUCUUAGAGACCAGAUCAAGACGUGGGUGGCGUCCAACGAGAUCAAAGACAAACGGCAGCUGGUGGAAAACCGCAAACUCAUAGAAACUCAAAUGGAGCGUUUCAAGAUUGUGGAAAGAGAGACGAAGACCAAAGCGUACUCCAAAGAGGGUCUAGGUCUGGCACAGAAGGUGGACCCGGCCCAGCGGGAGAAGGAGGAAGUCGGCAUGUGGUUAACGAACACGAUAGACACGCUGAACAUGCAGGUGGACCAAUUUGAGAGCGAGGUGGAGUCUCUUUCUGUCCAGACGAAAAAAAAGAAAGGAGACAAGGAGAAGCAAGACCGUAUCGAGGAGUUGAAGAAGUUCAUUGAGAAGCAUCGGCACCAUAUUCGUAUGCUGGAGACCAUACUGAGGAUGCUGGACAACGACUCUGUGCAGGUGGAUGCCAUCAGGAAGAUCAAGGAUGACGUGGAGUACUAUCUAGACUCGUCACAGGAUCCAGACUUUGAGGAGAACGAGUUUCUGUACGACGAUCUUGACCUGGAGGACAUUCCACCGUCACUGGUUGCUACCUCCCCACCGGGCAAUUCUCAGUUGGAGGACGAGCUCUUCCAGCACUCUAGCAGCACGCCCACCUCCACCACCUCAUCCUCGCCCAUCCCCCCCUCGCCCGCGACUUGCACUACAGAGAACUCGGAAGACGACAAGAAGCGAGGGCGCUCAACAGACAGUGAAGUUGGUCAGUCUCCUGUGAAGAACGGCAACCCCUCUUCGUCGUCAUCCUCUUCAUCGUCGUCGUGCUCCUCUUCCUCUUCGUCAUCUGUCUCGGGACUGAUGUCUUCUUCGUUGGUCUCCAUGGCAGCGAUGGCUACUGGGGGAAACGGCUCAGGGGGGCUCCUCUCCAACAUGACGGCCGGCAGCUACAGCAACGCCACCCAGCAGCAGUCCCAGGCUGCGCAUCAGCAACAGUCCAAAACUUGUGUUAGCUCCUCCUCCUUAGUGCCCGCUACCAAUCCUGGCAGCUCAAUCAAUAGCUACCCUGCCCCCUCCGCCUUGUCUCCUCCCAACAACAGCACACUGGGGUUCUUUUCGUCUAACUCUCAACUUCCGGUACCUUCACGGCCCACACCCACUUCUAACAGCCUCGGACUGGGCCUAGGUCUGUCACUAGGGAAAGGCAGCAUGUCCGGUUCUACCAGCCCGAUGUCUGCGGGUCUCGGCCUGUCAGGGAUGCCGGCGUCCCUAAGCAGUAUGGCGAGCCUACUGUCCAACUCCACCCCGGCACCCUACGCUCAGGCAGCCGCAUCGGGCGCAGUGGGCUCCAACCUACUCAGCUCUCUGGGCAGCAUCAGCACACCAAGCACCAGCGGAUUGGGGAGUUCUGUUGGCUCCGGAAGCAUGACAGUCGGCGGGCCGACAUCCUCCACAAGUGGUCUACUGGGUUCGAUGUCAAGCUCGGGUAUUCUGAGUUUGGUUUCCAGCCAUUCGGCAGUUCAAGGGUCCGCGUUGGCGGCACAGAACACGUCAAGUUUAACGCCAGUAGGCGGCGUGGGUGUGAUCGGGAGUAAUGGGGGCAGCGUCAGACCGCCUAGCAGACAGAAGCAGAACGGAUCCAGCAGUUACAGCGCUGUGGUAGCAGACAGUGCAACAGACUCCUCCCCCGUCAGUGCCAGCCAAUCACAAAGCUGCCAAUCUCUGUCUUUGACCUCAACAGCAAACCAGCUGAAGGACACUGGUCCCUGUUUACUGAGCUCCUUGACGUUGUCUUCCAGCUCGCUGUCUCCGGCUUCCUACAGCGAGGCCAAGAUGGUGACCAGCCUUGGCGGUCUGCUCAACGGACCGCUGUCCUACUCGACAUCCUCUGACAGCAUCAAGCCCCAGGAGCCUCUCAGCAGUCUGAAGUCCAUGGCCGAGCGAGCAGCGCUCAGCUCAGGGAUGGACGGAGACAUGCCCCCUCUGCACCUUGCCUCGGAUAUUUUUCCCAGCACGACGGCAUCUUCGGGCCCCCCCUCUGCCUCACAGUCCUCCCUGUCGGAGGUCAACAUCCCGCCCUCGCUGGGCGUGUGCCCUCUGGGGCCGGCGCCCCUGUCCAAAGAGCAUCUCUACCAGCAAGCCAUGGAGGAGGCCGUGUGGACGCACAUGCCCCACCCGUCUGACUCGGAGAGGAUCAGGCAGUACCUCAUGAGGAACCCCUGCCCCACUCUGCCUUUCCACCACCAGAUGCCGCCACCGCACUCGGACACCGUGGAGUUCUACCAGAGGCUUUCCACGGAAACGCUAUUCUUUAUUUUCUACUACCUGGAGGGCACCAAGGCUCAGUACUUGGCGGCCAAAGCCCUAAAGAAGCAGUCAUGGAGGUUCCACACCAAAUACAUGAUGUGGUUCCAGAGGCACGAAGAGCCCAAAACCAUCACGGACGAGUUUGAACAGGGAACCUACAUCUAUUUUGACUAUGAGAAGUGGGGCCAGCGCAAGAAGGAAGGCUUCACCUUUGAGUACCGCUACUUGGAGGACCGUGACCUUCAGUGACGGCUCGCUGGUGACGAGGAAGGAGCAGACGAGCAGGUUCCACAUUGUCCUCUUGACAUUGAGCAGGUUCUACAUUGUCCUCUUGACAUUGAGCAGGUUCUACAUUGUCCUCUUGACAUUCCUGGAUUGGCCAAAGAGGAUGCUCUGACCCUGUCUUUGUUUGGACCCCUAUCACACUUCGUCACAUCACACAAUCCCUCAAGUUUAGAAGCCCAAUUCUGCUUUUGACCCAGAACACCAAAGAUGAUUCGCUGUCAAAAGAACGCAGUUUUUAAACUAGCUUCAUCACCAGUGCAGGACAAUGGUUUGACUUCCUGUUCUGGUUCUGCUCCAACAAGGGCUUGUCUCGCCACCAGGCUGCAUGCACCUACCAGGACCGUGUCCUGUUACGGUCGCCACGGAGACGUCACAAUGUUUUUUUUGUGGCCUGCCAACAUCUGAAUGUUUUUGGAGCUACUGUACUUGAGAAGAAUGUACGUCCUCUUGGCCAUGAAGACACUUUAACGGACGUUCUUGUCGAAAUGUGCAGUUGUGUCCUUUCGUGUUCUCGUCAGGUGCAAACAAACAAGCGUGACGCCGCUUGGCUUUUCACCGCCUGCCGUCCUCUCUGACGCCACCUCGAAGUUUCCUUCACGUCUCAGGAAGUGUUUGAUGGUUCUUUGUAGAAACCUCCAGCGUGGCCCUUUUCAUUUCACUAAAGGCUUUUUUAAAACCACAACUUUAAUCCUCCAAUGUUUGGAGCAGCAGCUGGACGAGAGACCAUCUUUAUAUUUUAUAUUUUCUAUUUUGUUAGAGUGUAUAUUUUUUUGGUUUUAACCUCGCAGCAAACAGAGGAAGCGUCUUCUUUUAUGGAACGCCUGACUGACUUUUUAACCUUUUGUUGACGUUUGUGACGCGGCAGGAAAAAGAGGUCAGCGUCAGCCUCUUCUCCUGCCUUCCUUUCUUUUUGUUGCUGGGACAGCAUGGAAAAAAAUAAUCAUGACACAGCCACCAAUAAAGGAUUGUAAAAUAUGAAUAAAAUAACUACUUUUCACAAAA